AAGGCCGGCGAGGUUGAUGUAAAGGUAACGAGCUAAAUGUUCGCAUUUCAAUGAUUUGGUUUGGAUUCGGAUUUAACGGCUUUGCACAAAUACAUUCUUCUGCCAGAUCCAAGAAGGAAUCCCAAAGUGACGAAGAUGUCGAAGUGAAAGUGAUCGCUCCAGUUGCUUUAAGGCUUAGUACCUGCUGCUCUGAUGAAGAGAAACUAUUACAGCUUGUUGGAGCUAGCUGGAGCCGAAUAGCUUUUCUGCAGCGUACAGAUGACGGCAACGUAUGUCUGUCCGGCUUUCGGUCAGACUCGCCCGCUCGCAAGGCGGACAACUACUUCCCACAAAGCUACGGCUGUCUGGAUGCGCAGGUCAGCGAGCGUUAUCUGACACUUGCAUUCAAAGACCGAACAGAAUGCUGGAGUUUGGACGAUAUGGAUAGCGCGCCCGUCUGGAGGAUGAAACACGAGCCUGGGGAGAAUAGAGGACUCCCUCUGGUCCCAGGAGGUUAUGUUGUCUCAGCCCCUCCUUUCUUGCACAUUCUGUCUCCACAUCUGUGUGGGGUCAGUCUGGCCCUCGGUAUGGAACAUGCAGUCUUGCUAAGUGGUUCUGGUGCUGUGUACACCUGGGGCUCCAGCAGUCACGGGCAGCUGGGUCAUGGUGAGCUUGGCCGGGAGGCGGAGCCCCGGGUGGUGGAGGGCCUGUGGGGCAUGGCCAUGGAGGGCGUGGCAGCCGGGGGCUGGCAUUCUGUGUGCGUCAGUGGUGAGGGAGAUUUGUACACUUGGGGCUGGAAUGAAAGCGGCCAGCUCGGCCUGCCAUGCCAGGCGACGCAAAGAGAGAGACUGCAGGGAGGCAUUGCUGCGGUUUGUGCUCGAUUAGGAGCUGAAUCGGACAGCAAGGAGGUGUUCAUCUCAAUCCAGGCCUUCCCUGCUCUGCUGGACCUGCCUGAGGAGGCUGAAGUCACCAGGGUCAGCUGUGGCUCUCGUCACACUGCAGCACUCACCUGCAAAGGUGAUCUCUAUACGUGGGGUUGGGGGGAGUACGGGCAGCUGGGCCAUAAUACAACCCAAACGUUAGACCAGCCUGCCCGGGUGGACUUCUUUGCGGACAGGGGCCUGCGUGUGGUAGAUGUGGUUUGUGGGCCCUGGAACACAUUUGUGUCCACAGAGGAAAGAGACCCCACCUCCCACACCCCACCCUGAUGGCUGACUGUCUGUCUACUUUUCCACUUCCAUUUUGUAAAGUCAUACUGUGACUUGAUUACAUUUGUGUACAUGAAAACUAACUAAAUGCAAAUGUGUGUGUAUAUCAAUGGUUCUACAGUGGCUACAGUGCUGGUUUUCGUUUUAACCUAAAAGGGUGCUUAUCAUUUUGAGCAGUAAUUUUCAGUGCUAAUAUAAUGCUAAUGGCUUACGACAAGUGAAAAGAUGAAGCUAUGGUACAGGAAAUAUGGUGCUAUGGGAAGGAGUGCUGGACCGACACUACUUGGUAAAUGGUAAAUUUACUUCCUUCAUAUUCCAUCUUUCACAUUUCAUUCUGCUUCAUUGUUUUAUAUAAAGGAAGUUUGGGAGUCCUUGCUCAGCUCAUCAUUGUGGAAGCAGACUCAUCACUCACCCGUCAGGCAAGAUAUCAAAAGAAUAGUUUAACAUUUUGCCAAAUAAACCAUGCUUAACUACGUCCGAUGGGCUUGACAUUGCCACAGUAGCCUUAUGCAACUGCAACAGUAACAAAGGCUCAGUAACCCAGUUCAGUGGGCUUAGCAAUGUUGUUGCCCAGGUUACCAAGACUCCACCAAGGCACUUAAUUGCCAUUGACAUAAUUGAAGAGUAGAUGUUUCAGAAUGCAUUUCAAAAUGUAAGAUCAGUGUUUUAGAAUUCCAUAUCUUUCAAUUGCCAAUAGUGAUCAGCAUUUUGAUGCAAAAUUUGGUGUUGAGUUAAAAUUACUUUGCAGCUGAUUAGAGUUAACUGAUCAGGUUGUUAUAUACUCUCAUAGAUGGGAGAGCUGUAUUUCUAUGUUAAUAUCAUUGCUCAAAGAUUUUAACAAACAAUAUAUUUUGGGCAGACCACAAGCCCAUACCAAAGUAUCUUAAAAUAUGUGUGGAGGAAAACAGGCGUGGAUAUUCACUCCAUGAUUUUUGGGGGAAAUACUUUAAAUUGAUAUUAAUAGAAACAAACUUAAACUUUUAUUUCAUAUUCUUUAUUUUAUACAGAGCUUUAUGCAGCAAAUAGACACAAAUACAUCAGAUCCUGAGCAUGAGAAGUGGUCCAAAGGCACACUACAGUUAUUAAAAAUUCACCAAAAAAGUAAAAAGAAAUCUCUAUACAUUAUUUUCUAGUUUAAUACAGGUAAACUACUGGAUCUUAAAAAAAGAGCUUUGGUUCAGUGUUUUGAAGGAUGAUGCAUUAAUCAAAUUAUUUCAUAGACCACCGAAUGAAUUUAAUGCUUUCGAGAGUCAAGAAUUAUUACAAAGAAAUUAAUAGAACUUUUCACUCAAUAAAAUAUAGGAAUAGAACUACAGUAAAGAAGUUUCAUUAUUAUGAACAAAAAAAUACUGGUAGCAAAAGGAGGUCCUUUAUCAGCACACAGCCAUUUUACACACAAUGAAUAACAGGAAAACCUUUUGUCAGUGUGUGGUUUGGGCCUAAUAAUUUUGAGUCAAACUGAAAGUUGAAUUUCAAUUUCAGCAAAUCAGCUGAAAGGUGGUUGUGUAUAUUGUUUAGCGGUCUCACUUGGGCUGACUUGAUGUGGUUCUUAUGAAUUACAUUUUUGUUGAUAGAUGUUAUAAUAGACAGUUUUAUAAUAAAAAGUCAUUUCAAGGGGUCAAGUAAUCAAGCAAUUUCAUUGGUCAUGUUCGUCAGCCAGUCACAUGACCGGGAUCUCACAGCACAAUCUUAAAAGAACUG